UUUAUAAUUGUAAAAUUUAAAUUAAAUCUUAGCCAAGAGCAUGGAAAGAAGACAACAGAUAGUUAAGAAAAUGAACACAAACCAAGUUACAGAAAAUGGGUCUUUGAAUAAUCACUCAAGGAGACAUACUAGCCGGAAAUCUGCUAAUAGAAACUCAAUGAAUUGGCCCACUGGGAGAUAUAGAAUAGACACUUUUCGGAAAUAAUAACCCUAAAGAAUUGAAUACAUUGAGAACUAGUAGAAAAUUUAGAGUAAAUGCUCUCCCUACAGGAACACUAAACUUGACUGGGAAGAUUAAUGGGAUCAGCCUCAAGACAAAAGUCACCGCUGAUACAAAAUUAUUCAAAAUUAAUGACAAUAGCAACUCUCGUAUUAGAAAGAGCUAUGAUAAUACUAAUAAAAAUGUUUCUUUAAAGAACUUAACUACUUUGAAUUCUAAGAAAUCAAUGAGAUCUCAACAUAGAAGCAGGAAAUCAAAAGGUGAAGACUUCACAAUCCAAGAUAAAAGGAAAAGAGACUCCAGGCUAUUUAAUCAAGGAUUCGGAGGAGCAGCAAUUAAGCUCAAUUUGAACAACACUGGCAUUUCUCUGAACCCUAAUGCUUUGAAGAACUUUAAGCUUCCUGUUUGAGACAAACCCUUGAGUAAUAAGGCUAAAAUAGUGAAUGACAGCUUAAUGAACUCAAUAAAUUACAAACCAUCUGACCUAGGAUCUAACCAUUUUAACAUCCAUAAUACUGUAGAGACAGUGAGGGGAGUCAGUAGAAAAGCCAAAAAUAAAGUACUUUACAGCUCCAGAAUCAAAGAAGACUCUAAAACAAUGAAUAGUGCUCGUAUGGGCAAGCCUAUCCGCUUGAAAAAGAACUUAAAACGAUUGAAUAAUAACAAUAGAUACAAGGUCACACUUCCAAAUGGAGAGGAGGAGUAUAAAGCCAAGAGUCACUCAAGGAAUAAAUCUAAGAGAAAAGAGGAGAAUGUCAAUACUUCUCUUGUAGUUAACAGAACCAAUGUGAAAAAUAACUUCUUUAGAGACAACACAAAAGGAUUCCCUCAAACUAGUAGAGUUCAGGGUCAUAGGAAUGGAACAAGCAAGUUGUUGAAUUCACUUGGAAUGAAGUCUUCUAGCCAUAGACCUGAAGACCACCGGAGUAGGGUCAAGCCAAUGACCAAUAAAGAAUUACAGAAAAGUUCUAAAUCUGGAGAUAAUAAUUUAAAUGAGUCUAAAUCAGAAGUGAAGUCUAAUAAUCUAAAUAAGCCUGUUUUAAAGACAAUAGAUUCAUCACCAGCGAAGAAGACAUUCAAUAUCAGUGCUACAAAUGACUUGAAGAAGACUUUAAAGCAAUUAAAAUCAUGUAGAUCACCUAAUUCAACUACAUUUACAAAUCCUCAGGCUCCUAAAACUGCUCAAUCUGAAAAGCCUGAGUUUCCUUUGGGACCUGGAAAAGCACUGAAAUUAUUCAUGAGCAACCUAAGCGAUUACGAAAAGGGAGAAAUUCUUGACUAUCGCCAGAUCUAUUUUCUUGGGCUUGAGAGUAAGAAGAUAAAGGCAACACCAAAGCUCAAGCCAAAUUAUGGCUAUGACAAUGACAAAGGAGACUAUAAGACUAUACUCAGAGAUCAUAUCGCUUAUAGAUACGAAGUGAUCGAAUUUCUCGGCAAGGGCAGCUUUGGUCAAGCACUAAAGUGCUUUGACCAUAAGACCAAUGAAUACGUGUGCCUAAAAAUCAUCCGUAAUCAAGAAAAAUUUCAAUACCAAGCAAGUGUAGAAGUUAAGGUUCUUCAGCACAUCAAAGAUUGUGACCCUGAGGACACCACUAACUGCAUAAAAAUGAAGGAAUAUUUUUUGUUCAGGUCCCAUGUUUGAUUAGUUUUCGAACUCCUCAGCAUGAACCUCUAUGAGUUCAUUAAAAACACAGAUUUUAGAGGGGUAUCGAUGGGGCUGAUCAGGAGAUUUGCCAUCCAACUUUUGCACUCAUUAAAAUUUAUUCAAGAGCAAGAGAUAAUACAUUGAGAUCUAAAACCAGAGAAUAUUUUGCUCAAAACACCAACUAAAUCAGGAAUAAAGAUCAUUGAUUUUGGAAGUAGCUGCUUCAUGGAUGAGAUAGUGUACACAUACAUCCAGUCAAGGUUCUAUCGAGCUCCAGAAAUCAUGCUAGGGAUCCCAUACAAUGCAGCCAUUGAUAUGUGGAGCUUUGGUUGUAUCGUUGCAGAACUUUACUGUGGUCUCCCUCUCUUCCCAGGUGAGAGCGAAAAAGAGCAGAUGAGCUUGUUGAUAGAGAUCCUAGAUGUUCCUAACGAUCAAGUUAUAGCAAAAUCUCCAUAUCGAAAUAAAUUCUUUGAUAAGCAAAAUAGAGCCUUUAUUAUGGAUAACAUUAAAGGUGAAAAGAAAAUACCUGCUUCUAAACCUCUCCCCUUGAUGAUAGAAUGAGAUGAUGAGCAUUUCUUAGAUUUCAUUGAAAGAUGACUAGAUUGGGACCCAGAGACUAGAAUGACUCCAGAUGAAGCUCUCAGGCAUAUUUGGAUUUUGGAGGGACUUCCUGAAAACGUUCUUUAUCAUCAUUGAAAAAUGUAUGAAAUCCCAGAAGAUGCUAUCCCUGAUUUCCUGGAUUAUGAAGGCACAAAUAAGCGAUCAAAGAAACGGGAUAAAAGGUAUUCAUCUAAGCACCUUUCAAUGACUCAAAUAUUUUCCAAAAGCAGUCUUUCUGGAAAUAAGAUUUCCUUAUAA